ACUAUUUAGUGGAGCGUCGUGAUUUCAGACCAGCAAAAUUGCCAAGUGCAAAAAUAAUAUCACAAAUCUCUCUGUGCCUGGGUUUGAUUGGCAUUGCUUUAGCUGCACCUGCAGUUGUACCGCUAACAAGCAAAGAUGCUGCCCUCCCUAACAUAACCGACUGGAUGAAAAAUGGAUUAUUUGAACGUGAUUUGAAACUCUCAAAAGAAUUUAUCUUGGACCACUACAACUUCAGCAGUAUUCCUGGUGGAGAGAAGCUUCGGGACUUGCUUAUUGAAAAGGAUGAUCGAUCCAAUUCCUCAAAACGUAUCGAGCGACGUGGGGCCGUAAAAAAAGGAGCGAUUAAUCUAUGGACUGACGGUAUUGUACGAUAUCGAAUUUCAAGCGGCAUCUCGCAGUCAACUGCAGCAUUGAUCAGAAGAGCCAUGGAUCAUUUUGAAGAUCAUACCUGCUUGAGUUUUGUUACCGCUAACUCGGGAGAUUACAUCGACUUUGUCAACACUGACAGUAGAUGCUACUCAUGGAUUGGAAGACGUGGCGGAAGGCAAGUGAUUAACUUAGAGUCCACAGGAUGCGAACAUUUUGGAGUUGUUGUUCAUGAGAUUGGUCAUGCGAUUGGUUUUUGGCACGAACAGAGUCGACCGGAUAGAGAUCAAUAUGUGAACAUCCUCUUCGGUAAUAUUGUGAGCGACGAAGCUCAAUUCAUGAGAAAGAAUGACAAUGCAGUUGACUCAUUAAACUCCAUUUACGAUUAUGGAUCAAUCAUGCAUUAUGGUCGAACAUACUUUAAAAAACCAGGCUGCUCGGGAUCUGGCUGUACAACCAUUUCAGUUAACAACCAAGUUGAGUACAAUCGACAAGGCAGGCCCUCUUUGGGACAGAGAAAUGCACUAAGUGUUAACGAUAUUAGGCAAACGAAUCUGCUUUAUGGCUGCCCUGUGAUGAAUCUUGAAGUGUAUAUUCGGCACGCUCGAAAUCUUAGAGACACAGACCCAUGGCUAAACGACCCAGAUCCCUAUGUGAGAGUUCAAGCAAGACGGGCCAGCGAUUCCGUGGUGACUAAAUCUACCCGAGACAUAGGAGGAACAACAAGUCCAACUUGGAAUGAAAGGCUUAACUUUGGCUGUCAGAUAUGGAAAAAUUUCGAAUUACAAGUUUGGGACGAGGAUAACUUUUUGACAUUUGGAGACGAUGAGAUGUCGAAUAAAGAGUUGGUCUCAGUGAGUCCUGGGAAUCAUAUCAGCCAAAGGCAUAAUGCGCAUGGUAACGGAUAUCUUAUUUAUGACUACAAAUUGAUUAAAGACACUAAUGAUUGCCGUCCCAAUCGCUGCCAAAAUGGUGGUACUUGUAUUGACGAGUGUACAAGCUAUCGAUGCUUAUGCCCACAAGGAUAUUCCGGAACCAAUUGUGAAUAUCUGUCUGGGAAUCUUGUAGUGUAUGCUCGUUACGGUCGAAAUCUUCCCGACAAAGAUGGGUGGUGGAACAAAAGUGACCCAUACAUGGAGUUUAUUGCAGUAGAUAGAUUCGGUAAUUCGCGCAAACUAACCACAAGUGUUAAGUCGGGAAACCAUAAUCCAAACUGGAACCAGUCACUGAACUUUGGCCGUCGAGCUUGGAGCUACUUUCGAGUAAGGGUGUAUGAUUCUGAUAAUAAUGCUGAUGAUGCAAUGUCCAGUAGUGAGACCUUCUGGUUGCCCAGUCCAAAUUAUUCACGAUCUUACGUUUCUCACAACUGCUACAGUGGUAAUGCCGUGUUUGACUAUUCUUACACUAAAUGAAAACUCGAUAUACUAACUAAAGACUACAUGUAUAGCUACAUUAUAACUGAGAUUUUCCAGUUACUUGUGUUGUGAUAAUUAUGUUGCUGAUUGAUUUUCCAAUAGUAUAGGUUUGAAGCUACGUUAUAGUGUAUAUUUGCUACAUAAUUAUCUGUUUAAAAUUAUUAUCUCAAUACAUCACAAUGAAGUGUUUUUGCUGUAA